CAGAGUGACGUUGGCAUAUAUAUAUGCAUAGUAAAUUCUAUCAUCAAUGUUACGGACUUAAUAAUUGCGAUUCCUUGAUUUUCAGCAAAUGGCAAGAUUUUGUUCUUUAAAGCACUUACACUCUUCCGUAGAAUGUCGCCCGAGACAGCAAAUAUAUCACGAACACCAAAUGCAAGCUUAAAUUGUUCUGAACAAUCAUUUUGUUUGGCUUUUCCGGUGGUGUUUUGCAGGACGUAUAGUUUCAAAUAUAUAUAAAAACAAGAUGACGACCGCUGAAUCAUCCACGGAUGUACUUCCAGGAUUGACCAAUGAACGACACCCAGAUAUCUUCAACCUGAAAGCGAGGCCAAAAGUUACAGAAAAGAAACCUGGUCAGCUGCCGGAACACAUGAUAAAACAGUUUUUCGAAGAUGGAUACGUGAUUGUCAAAGAUUUCUUUACCAAAGAAGAAUUGGAACCAUGUAAAAAAGCAAUCGAAAGAUUCGUCGACCAGCUUGCUCAUAAACUUUACAACGCUGGAAAAAUAGAUGAACUGUAUAGUGGUUACGGCUUUUUCGAACGACUGACGAAGAUUGAGAACGAUUUUCCUGGAGCGAACAUAGUCUUACAUAAAUAUGGUGUUUUGCCCCAGGCUUUUAAAGAUCUUUGGACAAAUGAACGUUUAUUAAACGUAGUUGAGCAACUGAUUGGUCCAGAUAUCGCGGGGCAUCCUGUCUGGAAUCUACGUACAAAGACCCCUCAAAAUGAGGCUACAACUGUCCCUUGGCACCAAGACACUGCCUAUUUAGACAGAAACUCGUACACUGUCCUCCAGCCUACGGCUUGGAUUCCUCUUCUAGACGUCAAUGCUGAUAAUGGAUGUAUGCAGGUCGCCCACAGAGGUCAUAAGACAGGCAAGGUGGCGCGCCAUCAGUGUUGUUAUGGCAAAACGUGGUACGUGAUGUUGGAGGAGGAAGAAAUGGCAAAAACACUAGAGGUUGACUUGGACAAGGACAUCGUAACGUGUCCCGUUCCAUAUGGAGGCAUGCUACUACUGAAUAAUAUGAUUCCCCAUCGAAGUUUGCCAAACAUGUCCAAACAGAUCCGCUGGAGUCUGGACCUUCGAUGGCAGACACCGGAUCACUCCGCUGGCUUUUACGGAAUGAAGGAUCACCUGCUUUUCCGGACCUCCAAAGAUCCCGAUCACACGAUUGACUGGUCUGGGUUUGACGGGGAUGACCGCUGGUCUAAACAGAAAGACUCGGUCAAGGAUCUACAGGAUGUACUGCCGAAUGCAGAAGACGCCGAUUUUGACACCACUAUUCAGGGUCCCUGGAUGAAGAAAUGGGACCUCGUUCAUCACAACCAACACACGGCAAAACUUACAGACGGCAAACAGUUGUCCUGGCAUGCGCCAACGAAGGCUUAGGAGCAAGUGGCCAUAGACAGCACAGGCACUUGUUUCAGCGAUAUAGAGUACCUAGAGCUUUACCUCAAACUCAGGAUUAGGCGUCUGUAAAAGACAGACAUUUUGCUUGUCAUAUUAAGACAAACAUAGGCUAUGCGAAAUCUGUGUUGUGAGAGAAAACCUAUUAUUAUCAUUGUAUUAUAUUAAGAUUAACUGACAAAUGUAUCUAUAGGUAAAUUUUGAUUUUAACAGCUCUUGAAAAUAAAGCCAACGUUAAUCUUACUGUGAAAUGAGAAUAAACGUUGAUUGCUCUGUAUGUGUAAUA